AUGGCGGGCCAGGAUGAUACAGAAAUCGAGAAACAAGCUCUGCUGGAUGAUGAAUCUGAAGAGAAGUUCGAAAGCAGCGGUGGAGUGACUCCGACCGACAAGUCAACUUCUCGCCCAUUCAAGAAAUGGAUGGACAGCUUUCGAGGACGGAAACAUGAGUCUCCAACAGUUCAACGGCGGUAUGUGGAGGGCUGGUCAGAUUCAUCUUCGCAAGGCUCGCAAACUCUCCAGUCUAGUGCAUCCGACUCAUCGCAGCUCGGAACGGUCAAAACAACCACAGCAAGCAUUGGAAGCCAGAGUUUGAUAAGAUCAAGGACAACUCUUCAAAGUGCAACAAGCCAGAGCAUACAAUCGGAUGCACGUGGUUCUGGUGACAUCUCUCGAUCAACCUCUAUUCGGCAUGCUGAUGAGGCUGCGGAAACACGAUCCACCAGACGGCGCCAUAUCCUACAGGAACUUGUUGAAACUGAGUCCGACUAUGUACUUGGCUUGAAAGCUCUUAUCGGGAUUCUUACGAUCUUUAGCACGAGGCGCGAGAUCUAUGAGAACGUCCAGGAGAUCCUCGAAAUGCAUGAACGCUUUUUGACCCAGCUUCACACGGCAUCCCCCAUGUCAGCACCUCAGGCUCAACAGACAGGCGCUGCUGAACUUACAUCUCGGGGAAUCACCAAGCGUAUAGGGACCCUUGAUCUGAGUAGCCUAAAGGGACUUCAGCAACGAUCCUUGAGAACCCGAUCACUUAAGGCAUCAGUCAAUCAACGCCUAUUGGCACUCGCCGCUGAACCAGCAGAGACAUUGGAAGUUGCUCGCGAAUUUGAAAGAUUGGCAAGUAUUCGUACACCAAUGAGAUUACUCUCAUUCCCCGUGUAUGACAAAUUUUGCAGCAACUAUGAACUAUUGACACAUGAUGUUGCUCUCUUACGCCGAUCAAUUGCCAACUGGACAAUAUACGAUCAAGGAAUUGAGGCGCUUUCGAAAUCAGUUUCGUCCACAGAGCGACGCAGGCAAGAGGAUAACAAAUCAAUGACAUUGAAUGAUUUGCUAAUAAAACCGAUCCAACGUCUUUGCAAAUACCCCCUUGUGCUACAAGAUCUGCUCAGGGCUACUCCUGUCAGUGACUGUCCAUCUUCCCAUGAUGGAAUUCAGCAAGCUUUGGAUAGUAUACGUGUGCAGGUGACACGAAUUAAUUUGGCUGCUGGAAAUCCGAUCAACAAAGAUCGCAUUCGCAAGACAUUCCUUCUUCAGGAUAAGAUUGAUAUCUCGAAAUCGCACGCAAUUCAGGAUAUAUAUAUGGACCUAGGCCCGGUGAUCAUGUGCGGUGUGCUCCAUGUCACUUAUCAAACGCCGGCAACCACCAACGGCGAGUUCAUGGUGUGUGCACUUUUUCAACGCUACCUUCUCUUCGCCAAGGGAGCCGAUGAAAUGCAUCGACUGGAAGCAGUGGCCAGUGUAUAUCUAGAUAGUCUUAAGUUUGAUUCGCUUCAAAAUGGACGAGGGCUAUAUUCCUACGGAUGUGUAUUUUCUUGGAAGCUCCUGUUUCAAAACCAAGGCCAAAACUACGAAUUCAUCCUCAGUGCAUCAUCGGCAGUGGAGGAAAAGCAAUGGAAUACUGAGAUUCUCAAAGUGUCCGCCACUUUGGUCGAAACGACCCAGCCUAGGACGUGGGAGCCAGGAAGACAUUCUUUUUUGGCCCUCCAACUGUUGCCUCUGGACCAUGUUCAAUACUCAGUAUCUUCCGUAGCGCGGAGGUCGAUGGAUUCAACGUCAAUCAUCCGCAAGUCCCACGUUCAACAUGUAGUCAUCAAGAAAACGCACUUCCCGCGCCACACGGAAGAACCCGUCACACAGGCUGAAGGCGAGAUUGAACGGCCCAAGACACCUGUUGACCGCUCCGCAGUGACAUUGACUGCACGCCGAAUGGACCGAAUUCGGCUGGAGCGAUUAAUAUCAGACAUCUAUACAGCAGACCUCCUUCCAUCACCAGGAAUGGUUCUCGGAAGGGGUGAUCUCUUCCGACGUGGUUCGAUCAUGAGACGGCUUAGCCUUCGUCCAGGUUUUACAAGGCGGUCGAGCUCCGACAGUACCUUCCAUUCGAGAACAGUAUCGACCGACACGCGCGCUGACGAAGAGAAAGAGGAAAUGAAUAAGGAGGCACCAGGCAACAGCGAGAUGGGGGAGAACAAGGAAGCCGAGUGUAAUUCACCUGAAACACCCACCACCCCUCGGCGAUCAAAGGCGUUCUUUUUCAAAGACUCACCCAAGAAUCCUGCAUCGUCGGUUUCUUCACCUCGCAGCGAACAGCGACUAAGCCAGGAUGGCAGUUCCGAGUCAGCUCAGUCUCCUAAGAAGUGGUCAUCUCCGAAGAAAGUGUUUAGUUCCUUGAAAUCCAAGAAACUGAAAAAGACUCGCUCUCAGGCCGAGUGA